CAACCAAUUACCCUCAGCUCUUUUUUUUAAUUACCUCUCUUCCUCUCUACUAAUCAGCUAGCUAGCUAGUGUUUGCUAGGUUCGUUAAUGGCGGACACUACUAGUGGGUCGGCGGCAGCCUCAGCAGGCGGCGGCGGAGUGAAGAGAUGGUGCUCGAUGCCGGAGAGGGUGCAGCUGCACAUGGCCAUGCUGGCCCUGCAGUUCGGCUACGCCGGCUUCCACGUCGUCUCCCGAGCGGCCCUCAACAUGGGCAUCAGCAAACUCGUCUUCCCCGUGUACCGCAACAUCAUCGCCUUCCUUCUCCUCCUCCCCUUCGCUUAUUUCCUCGAAAAGAAGGAGAGGCCCGCCAUCACUCUUUCUUUUCUUCUUCAGUUCUUUCUCCUCGCCCUUGUUGGAAUAACGGCAAACCAAGGGUUCUACUUGCUGGGUCUGGACAACACUUCUCCAACUUUCGCAUCCGCCAUACAGAACUCUGUCCCAGCAAUCACCUUCCUCAUGGCAGCCAUCCUCCGAAUAGAGCAGGUGCGGUUGAACAGGAAGGACGGGGUGGCGAAGGUGGCGGGGACGGUGCUGUGCGUGGCGGGGGCGACGGUGAUUACGCUGUACAAGGGGCCGACGAUAUACAGUCCGGCGCCGCCGCUGCACCAAACGACGCCGCUUUUCCUGGCGCUGGGAGACGCGAAGGGUAAGAACUGGACGCUGGGGUGCAUAUACCUGAUCGGGCAUUGCCUGUCGUGGUCGGGCUGGCUGGUGCUGCAGGCGCCGGUGCUCAAGAAGUACCCUGCUCGCCUCUCCGUCACCUCCUACACCUGCUUCUUUGGUGUCAUUCAGUUCCUCAUCAUAGCCGCUUUCAUGGAGCGAGACUCCGCCGCUUGGCUCGUUCACUCCGGCGGCGAGCUCUUCAGUGUCUUCUACGCGGGAGUGGUGGCAUCAGGGAUAGCUUUCGCAGUGCAGAUAUGGUGCAUAGACAGGGGAGGCCCGGUGUUCGUGGCGGUCUAUCAGCCGGUUCAGACCUUGGUCGUCGCCAUCAUGGCUUCCGUCGCUUUGGGCGAAGAGUUCUACUUGGGCGGGAUAAUAGGGGCAGUGUUGAUAGUGGGAGGGUUGUACCUGGUGCUGUGGGGUAAGAGCGAAGAGAGAAAGUUUGCUAAAGAGAAGGUGGUGAUAGCGUCCCCCGGGGAGCACGGGAGCAACGUGAGGACCGCAGGCCACGUCAAGUCGUCCCUCACCCGUCCUCUCCUCCCUCCCUCCACCGAGAGUGUUUGAGCAGCUCUGCUACCGCCCACAGUACCCCUCCAUACCCCUAACUGAUCUUUAACGACACUGUUUCAGCUGGGCUAAUGGACUACCAAUUAAACUACUACAUCGACCUACCCUCUUAUGGGUCUGUCCCCAUCGACCACUCCACCAGAAGGAAAAAUGCCAAAAAAAGAAAAAAAAAAAAAUGCCUGUGUGUGAAUGAACUUCUUUUUCCUUUCUCUUUUCUCUUUUAUUGAAAAGUCUUUUUUUUUUUUUUUGCUUUUGUUAUAUUCAAUCGUUUUGGGUUAGUAGGAAGGAGAGGGAGAGAGAGAGAGAGAGAGUGGAAGGGGGAUGAAUGUGAUGAUGAUAAUAUUUCUUUUUUGGAAGGGGGGCUUGGAAAUCCCUAUAUGCGUUUUGUUGGGUUAAUGUUUUGAUUUAUAAAUAUGGUUUGAUUUACA